GAUUGACCGUCACGAGGCGCUGUCAGUCUGUCGGGGAAAGUGGAUCGUGCAUUUAGGGGCGCAAUUUUAUCGUGAAAAACGGCCGAACUUGGAGCAUCGGGAUGAGUGCGAGGGGGCGCAAGAGAGGCCGCAAGGCCGUGAUCAAUGUGCAGAUUAACGAGAAUAAUGAGAUUGAGUGCAUGGAGAUGGAUGAGAAUUCGCAGGACACUCAGGAUUCCCAGUAUCUGGACAUUUCUGAGCCACCCAGUCCAGCUGUGCCGGAUUCCAAGCAUCUCACGAUCAACGUCCAGGAGGAGACAGUUGUGGAACAUGUGUGUGGCAAGUGCGGGAAGGUUUAUCGGUCUCUGGGAGCGCUCAAGAGACACUUGGAGCUCUGCAGAUCCGUUGAGUACUCAGAGUAUAGUCAGGAGGAGAGUAUUCUGCCUGAGGACCAGCAGGAUAUCGAAGUGGUGUCGGUGAAGAACGAGGAAGAAGCUGAAACCAGCGUGAAGUAUGAAAUUGAAGAGGGCUUCAAGAAGCCACUGCCGAAGAAGAAGCCUGCAAAGAAAUCGCCGAAGAAGGACAGCAAGAAGUCACCGAAGAAACUCUGCUACUGCUGUGACGAAGAUCUGGCCUCAGCUCACAUGGGCCACAUCAAGUGCAAGCAGUGCCCGAAAUCCUUCAAGAGUCACAAGAAUCUAUCCAAGCACAUCUCAAUGCUUCACUCGCCCAUCACGUACUUUCCUUGCACCCUGUGCAAGGCCACGUGUCCCAGCCAGGAGAUUCUGGAUCUACACGUUGACGCGCAUAAGACGGGAAAGCCGUACUCCUGCCAGAAGUGUGGCAAGGAUUUCACGAGGAAAUACCAUCUGGAGCGCCACUUGACGCACACCGGAUGCGAUCGCGAGCGCCCCAAAGUUGAGCUGCCCUGCGAGGUGUGCGGCAAGGUGUUCUCGCGCAUUGACAAUCUCCGUGAGCACUUGCGAGGCCACAUGGGUCAGACGCUGAGGAAGAAGGACUAUCAGUGUCCGCACUGCGAGAAGGCGUUCUACGGUCUCUCGCUGCUCAACAUUCACAUUCGCACGCACACGGGAGAGCGUCCCUUCUCCUGUGACCUCUGCCCCAAGGCAUUUCCCUCGAAUGGGGCGCUCAGGAAGCACAGGAGGAUGCAUACCGGCGAAAAGCCGUACGAGUGCAAGACUUGCUCGGCGCGCUUCUCGGCAAAAGAGACGCUCAAUCGUCAUGUGAAGAUUCACACGGGUGAUCGACCUCAUAAGUGCAAUAUUUGCGGAAACAGCUUCAUCCAAGCCACACAAUUGCGUGCUCACAUGUUCCAUCACACGGGCGAGCAUGGCUUUGAGUGUAAAUACUGCAAGAAGUCCUUCAACAGGAAGGCACGACUUGUGUCGCACAUCAAGUACACGCACGAGGGUGAGAAGCCACUCGAGUGUGCCGAAUGUGGCAGGACUUAUUUGAGGAAGGAGGAGCUCAUUCGUCACAUGGAGAUGCACAAUGGGAUUAAGAACUAUAUUUGCGAGACAUGCAACAAGAAGUUCUCCACGAGGACAGCUCUCAAUUCACACUUGCACAUUCAUCAGCCGGUCGAUCCGUCUGCCUGCAGUGAGUGCGGAAAGGUGUUCAUCCGCGUGGAUUGUCUGUUGCGCCACAUGAAGUCGAAGCACAGGAGUGCCGUUGAGGAGAUUCUCAUAAAUGCGGAGAAGAAGAAGAUCAACGAUCGCAUUCGCGAACUUGGAGUGGUGAUUGAGAAUGCGCCGAUUGUCUUUGCCGAUGAUGAUGGUGUCUUCGAAGGGACGACGUACAUUAUCGAGGAGUUUGAUGGAGAGCCACAGAAUAUUGAGUUCACGGAAGUGAUUCCGUACAAUGAGGAGGAUGAUAUGAUUGUGGAGGACAGUGAGAAGGUGGCAAAAGUCAAGGAGGAGCCGAAGGAGAAGAAGAAAGCCACACCACAGAAGAAGCAGAGGGUGAAGAAGGUGCCUGUCGUGGAGGAGAGUGUCAAGGAGGAGCAGGACGAGAGUAUCUUCAUGAGUGAUGAAGAAUUGAAGGAGAGCAUCACGAGAUUGCUCAACACUCUCAUCGAUGAUGACACUCUGACGGGUCUGGGAUGGCCUGAAGAGCCGGUGGAGAAUGUUCUCAGCGCGCUGAUCAAGCAAUGCGGACACACGCCGUCAGACUACACGGAUUGCGUGGAUUACACGUCAAAGAUGAGGGAGAAUGCCAAGAUUCUCUUCACUGUUGUGAUUGAGAAUGAUGUCAUCAAGUCAAUGCUGAACAAUCACACGGUAGAUGAGGUUAUAAAGAAAGUGCUGAAGAUGGCCAAGAGCUCGUAGAUUCAGCAAAAUCAAGCAUAUUUCAGUAUGAUAUUUAAGGGCUUCGCUGUGGUGAGUCUGUAUUUGGAAAAAAAUGUCUUUUUAUAUUUUUAAACUAACUUUUAAAAUAAUCUUUCAAGUCAGAUUUAUGUAAAAGUUAUGAGAAGUUUCAGGAAAGUUUAUUCUUUUAUUGAUUUUAUUAUAUGAAAUAUUGGAUUUGAUUUUUUUCCUUUUGAACGCGAUGCAGGAACUUUUAAGAAUCAAGAGUAGUUUUUAGAAAAAAAUAUUAUAGUUUGAUCUUUGGAUUUGCUAUCAAUUUUAUGAUGUAUUGACGAGAAAAGGAGUUUUAUGUAAGCAAUAAAUAUUUUU